AUGGCUAUGAAAAGCCCCAAAAAAGGGAAUAGCACCGAGUGCCACUACUGGGAUUACUCGUUUCACUGGACUGCUCUUCACAGGUCGGCGGACGAGCUACGUCCUAUGGCCUUUACCUAUGACGGUAUCGCCGACGAGUGUGUACAGCUCUUGAACAAAAUCCCCACGGAUGGUGAUUCAGACAGGCCUUUUAAGAAGGAUCUGUACGGCCUGCUCAGAGACCAUGCCGACGAAGACCCCAGGCUCCAGGAGCUUUGGACUCAGGUCAAUACGGUUCCAGACUGGGUUGACUGGGACCAGAUUCAAAGAGGACAGGAUAUCUUCUUCCGAUAUGGUCUUCCGAUCCUGAAUGUGCUCAGCUUUGAAAGCUUACUAGGUGGAAUGGGAGCAAUCCGGGUCGUCGAGACACUUGCGCGAACCGGUGGCUUCGGUGCCAAAGUCGUCCGACGCCGACUUCUCGAAACACUCCAACAUAUCCUGCAAGUCAACAGUUCGGUGGAAGGAAUGAAGCCAGGAGGCGAGGGAAAUGUCUCAUCAGUUCGCGUGCGACUUCUUCACUCAUCCGUCCGCCUGAAGAUAUUGGAGCUGGUGAAACAGAAGCCCGACUACUACGACAUCGCCAAAUAUGGAACACCAGUCAACGACCUGGACUGCAUCGGGACGAUUAACACUUUCUGCAGCUCCGUAGUCUACCUCGGUCUGCCUCGACAGGGAAUCUAUCUCAGCGAGCAAGAGAUCGAAGAUUACAUCGCUCUCUGGCGACUUGUCGCCUUUUACAUGGGUACGCCGACUGAGCCUUUUGAGAAUCCAGCCAAGGCUCGGGCUAUGAUGGAGUCGCUUCUGAUCUCCGAGAUUGACCCAACAGAGAUAGGGAGGGUGCUGGCCAAGAAUAUCAUUAUCGGGCUGGAGAACACAGCACCGGCCUAUGCUUCCAAAGAGUUCAUGGAGGCGUUGACUAGGCUUUUGAACGGAGAUCAACUCGCGGACGAGCUGGAAAUCCCACGGUCGAGUCUCUACUACCGCGUGAUGAUAUGGGGCUACUGUUUCUGGGUUGCGGGCGUCUCAUUCAUCAUUCCCAAGAUAUCCUUCCUGGAUCGUCUGAUGAUUGGACUACGCCGUAAAUACUAUUACAAGAUGAUCAUGGAUGAGAAAACCGGUCUCGGCAAAGAGUCUCGCUUCGAAUUCAAGUAUGUGCCCACUCUGACACGUACUACGCAGGUGGGAGAGCGGCGCAGUACCAAGUUUGAGCGACCUGGCGUCGAGAACUUGGCGCGGCUGGGGCUUCUCGCCGCGUUGACUGGAGUGGUGGCCUUGGGCAUGGGCCUGAUCUUUGCAGCGAGAGUACUGCCCGCGAACCAGCUAUUUUAUGGUGUUCGAGUGUAG